UAUUAUUGUUAGUGUGUCUGCCAGUCUCUCUCUUCUCAAUCUGCUCCUCUUUUGUUUUAUUUUCUCUUUCUAUUUUUCCCUCUCCUUUGCUUGAUCUUGCUGUAGAUGGUUAACUGCAUGCUCUCUCUUUCUCAUUGCCCCUCCCUCUGGUUUCUUGUCCUUGUACCUAUUGCAUUGUCUCUCAGAAUGACUUGACUAUUCCCAUUCGCUGGUCUUUUUGACCCUUUCUCCUGAUCUGGUUUCCCCGCCUGCAUUUCUCUUUAGUGACUAUCAACAUCUCUCCCUCUGUGCCUGCCUCCCAUUCCGUUCUCUCACACUAGCUCUGACGAGAUUCCUCUCUGUCUCUCGCUGUUGCCUUGUAUCUCCCUCCUCCUAUGAUUUUAUUUUUUUAACUGGGUGUGAUUCACUCCCGAAGUUUGGGACUGCUGAGCCCAGGAGUUACGUGGAGUCCGUGGUGAGGACAGCGGCAGUGGGAGCGAGCCCUGUGCAGGUUCCUGCUACCCCUUCGCAGAGCUACCCGGUGGAAACCCUGAGCAGGAGUGUACCCUGUGAGCCAUUGUUCACCGGCCCCAGCCCCAUCUCAAGCAGCAACCCCUUACACAGCAUGGAGAGAUCCUUCAUCGUCAGCUCUUCACCAGGAGACACCAAUGGGCAUGGAGUCACUCCGGCCCACCCAUCUCUGGAUUCCAGUUUGAGAUCGGCCAGUUUCUCUCAGCCAUCCUACGCGGAGAGCAGCUAUUUUAACAACAGCCUGUCUGACCCAUCAGCCCCUGGAACUGGCAGUUCCUCAGGAAGCUUUGUGAUAGCGCCAGAAUCAUCCCUGAGCCUCGGAGCGCCUCCUCAGGAGAGAUCAACGACUCAGUGCCCCCAGCCCCUCCAGAGGACAGUGGCCACCAAUACCCCACCCAGCCCGUCCCUGGGCAGGAGGAUGAUGAGCGCUGGGGCACCGGGAAGUCCUGGGAUGAGCAGGCACCAAGGGAGUCCGCACGGAGUUGGAGGCGGUCCUUCCAGCAGUCCCAUCCUGAGCCGAUAUCCGGGGAUUGUCAGCGCCAGUGCCCCAGUAACUCCCAGCAGUCCCAUCACUGAGCCGUACAGAUUCUGCACUCUGACAGGCCAACUGGAGCAGCAGUACCCCACCCUGACCCGCCAGGCCAGCUCCACGGGGUACGUCUCACCCGCGACACCAACAUUCCCCGUCUCACCAGCCUACUAUAACUCCAGCACCCCGGUGCCCGCCUCCUCCAGCCCUGUUCAAGCGGUGCCCGGCAGCUCCUCACCAUCUCUGAGCUGCACGGCCAGCAACCCCCAGCCUGCCCUGCCGGAGAAGAGGAGAAUGUCGAGUGGGGACCGUGCCAACAGCUCAACAAACUACGCCACUGUUAACGGCAAGGCCACGGCAGGGAUGCCCAGCGCAGUCACCAGUGCCAACAGCCGCAGUGUACCAACUGUCGCCUUCUCACACACUCUACCCGACUUCUCCAAACUCUCACUACAUGAUGGCAGCCCUGAAGCGAGAGCCCAUGUCAAGUUUGUUCAGGACACGUCCAAGUACUGGUACAAGCCGGAUAUAUCCCGAGAGCAAG